GGGGGUCAGGGGGGGCCAGGGCGCCGCGCGGAAUCCCCGUGCGCUCCUCUCUCCGCCGGCAACAGUCCGGGCCCCGGCGCUAGCACCGGGAUGGACGGCCCCGGGGCCAGCGCCGUGGUCGUGCGCGUCGGCAUCCCGGACCUGCAACAAACGAAGUGCCUGCGUCUGGACCCAACCGCGCCCGUGUGGGCCGCCAAGCAGCGUGUGCUCUGCGCCCUCAACCACAGCCUUCAGGACGCGCUCAACUACGGGCUAUUCCAGCCGCCCUCCCGGGGUCGCGCCGGCAAGUUCCUGGAUGAAGAGCGGCUCUUACAGGACUACCCGCCUAACCUGGACACGCCCCUGCCCUAUCUGGAGUUUCGAUACAAGCGGAGAGUUUAUGCCCAGAACCUCAUAGAUGACAAACAGUUUGCAAAGCUGCACACAAAGGCAAACCUGAAGAAGUUCAUGGACUAUGUCCAGCUACACAGCACAGACAAGGUGGCCCGCCUGCUGGACAAGGGGCUGGACCCCAAUUUUCAUGACCCUGACUCAGGAGAGUGCCCUCUGAGCCUUGCGGCACAGUUGGACAAUGCCACUGACCUCCUGAAGGUUCUUCGCAAUGGCGGUGCUCACCUGGACUUCCGAACCCGUGAUGGGCUAACAGCUGUCCACUGUGCCACCCGCCAGAGGAAUGCAGGGGCAUUGACGACCCUGCUGGACCUGGGGGCUUCACCUGACUACAAGGACAGCCGCGGCCUGACGCCCCUGUACCAUAGUGCCCUAGGGGGCGGGGAUGCCCUCUGCUGCGAGCUGCUGCUCCAUGACCAUGCACAUCUGGGGACCACUGAUGAGAACGGCUGGCAGGAAAUCCAUCAGGCCUGCCGCUUUGGGCACGUGCAGCACUUGGAGCACUUGCUGUUCUAUGGGGCCAACAUGGGUGCCCAGAAUGCCUCGGGAAACACAGCCUUGCACAUCUGUGCCCUCUACAACCAGGAGAGCUGCGCUCGUGUCCUGCUUUUCCGUGGUGCCAACAAGGACGUCCGCAAUUACAACAGCCAGACGGCCUUCCAGGUGGCCAUUAUUGCAGGGAACUUUGAGCUUGCUGAGGUAAUCAAGACCCACAAAGACUCGGAUGUCGUACCAUUCAGGGAAACCCCCAGCUAUGCAAAGCGACGACGUCUGGCUGGCCCAAGCGGCUUGGCAUCCCCUCGACCCUUACAGCGCUCAGCCAGUGAUAUCAACCUGAAAGGCGAUGCCCAGCCCGCAGCUUCUCCUGGGCCCACUCUCCGAAGCCUCCCUCAUCAACUGCUGCUUCAGCGGCUUCAGGAGGAGAAAGACCGGGACAGGGAUAGUGAGCCGGAAAAGGACAUCAGUGGCCCUGCAGCAGGCAGGGGUAGCCACAACAAGAUCAGGUACCGCCCGCGCGGGGGUCAGUCUGUUGGGGGCACCGCGGACCCGGAGCGAGCCGGCCGCCGCCGCCCGCAGAGGGAGGAGCUGGCGGAGGAGGCGGGGCGCGGAGCGGCCGUGCCCGCGCCCCCCGCGCCGCCGCCCCGGGGCCCGAAGCGGAAACUUUACAGUGCCGUCCCCGGCCGCAAGUUCAUCGCUGUGAAGGCGCACAGCCCGCAGGGCGAGGGCGAGAUCCCACUGCACCGCGGCGAGGCCGUGAAGGUGCUCAGCAUUGGGGAGGGCGGUUUCUGGGAGGGAACCGUGAAGGGCCGUACUGGCUGGUUCCCAGCUGACUGUGUGGAGGAAGUACAGAUGCGACAGUAUGACACGCGGCAUGAAACCCGAGAAGACCGGACAAAACGUCUCUUCCGUCACUACACUGUGGGUUCCUAUGACAGCCUCACUUCACACAGUGAUUAUGUCAUUGAUGACAAGGUGGCUAUCCUGCAAAAACGGGACCAUGAGGGUUUUGGCUUCGUUCUCCGGGGAGCCAAAGCAGAGACCCCCAUUGAGGAAUUCACACCCACACCCGCCUUCCCUGCGCUCCAGUACCUGGAGUCUGUAGAUGUGGAAGGAGUGGCCUGGAGGGCUGGGCUUCGAACUGGGGACUUCCUCAUCGAGGUGAAUGGAGUCAACGUCGUGAAGGUGGGGCACAAGCAAGUAGUGGGCCUCAUCCGUCAGGGCGGCAACCGCCUGGUCAUGAAAGUCGUGUCGGUGACCAGGAAACCUGAAGAGGAUGGUGCUCGGCGCAGAGCCCCACCACCCCCAAAGAGGGCCCCCAGCACCACGCUGACCCUGCGCUCCAAGUCCAUGACGGCUGAGCUCGAAGAACUCGCUUCCAUUCGGAGAAGAAAAGGGGAAAAGUUGGAUGAGAUCCUGGCAGUUGCUGCGGAGCCGACCCUGAGGCCAGACAUUGCAGAUGCUGACUCCAGGGCAGCCACUGUCAAGCAGCGGCCCACCAGUCGGAGGAUUACCCCUGCCGAGAUCAGCUCAUUGUUUGAGCGCCAGGGCCUCCCAGGCCCAGAGAAGCUGCCGGGCUCUCUGCGGAAGGGGAUUCCACGGACCAAAUCUGUAGGGGAGGAUGAGAAGCUGGCAUCCCUACUGGAAGGGCGCUUCCCACGCAGCACAUCAAUGCAGGACACAGUGCGUGAAGGUCGUGGCAUUCCACCCCCUCCGCAGACCGCUCCACCACCCCCACCCGCGCCCUACUACUUCGACUCCGGGCCACCUCCCACAUUCUCACCGCCGCCACCGCCAGGCCGAGCCUUUGACACUGUGCGCUCCAGCUUCAAGCCAGGUCUGGAGGCUCGCCUUGGAGCAGGCGCCGCUGGUCUGUAUGAUUCUGGAGCUCCUCUGGGCCCGCUGCCCUACCCUGAGCGUCAGAAGCGUGCGCGCUCCAUGAUCAUCUUGCAGGACUCUGCGCCAGAAGUGGGCGAUGUCCCCCGGCCGGUGCCUGCAGCUACACCGCCUGAGCGCCCCAAGCGCAGGCCUCGACCGUCCGGCCCUGAUAGCCCUUAUGCCAACCUGGGCGCCUUCAGUGCCAGUCUCUUUGCUCCGUCGAAACCACAGCGCCGCAAGAGCCCACUGGUAAAGCAACUUCAGGUGGAGGACGCUCAGGAGCGCGCGGCCCUGGCCGUGGGUAGCCCCGGUCCAGUGGGUGGAAGCUUUGCACGAGAUCCCUCCCCAACGCACCGUGGGCCCCGGCCGGGUGGCCUUGACUACGGCUCUGGAGAAGGUCUGGGGCUCGCUUUUGGCGGCCCUGGCCCUGGCCCCGGCAAGGAGCGGCGCCUGGAGGAGCGACGCCGUUCCACUGUGUUCCUAUCUGUGGGUGCCAUCGAGGGUAGCCCUCCCAGCGCAGAGCUGCCAUCCCUACAGCCCUCCCGCUCCAUUGAUGAGCGCGUCCUAGGGACAGGCGCCCCCACUGGCCGUGAUUUGCUGCUCCCCUCCCCUGUCUCAGCUCUGAAGCCAUUGGUCAGUGGCCCUAGCCUUGGGCCCUCAGGCUCCACUUUCAUCCACCCUCUCACUGGCAAACCCUUGGAUCCUAGCUCACCCCUAGCCCUUGCUCUGGCUGCCCGAGAGCGGGCUCUGGCCUCGCAAACGCCUUCCCGGUCCCCCACACCUGUGCACAGCCCUGAUGCUGACCGCCCUGGACCCCUCUUUGUGGAUGUGCAGACCCGAGACUCCGAGAGAGGGUCGUUGGCUUCACCAGCCUUCUCCCCUCGGAGCCCAGCCUGGAUUCCGGUGCCUGCUCGCAGAGAGGCAGAGAAAUCCCCUCGGGAAGAGCGGAAGUCCCCAGAGGACAAGAAAUCCAUGAUCCUCAGCGUCUUGGACACGUCCUUGCAGCGGCCAGCUGGUCUUAUUGUUGUGCAUGCCACCAGCAAUGGACAGGAGCCCAACAGGCUGGGGGCUGAAGAGGAGCGCCCGGGUACUCCGGAGCUGGCCCCAGCCCCCAUGCAGGCUGCGACUGUGGCAGAGCCUAUGCCAAGCCCCCGGGCCCAGCCCCCUGGCAGCAUCCCAGCAGAUCCCGGGCCAGGCCAAGGUAGCUCAGAGGAAGAGCCAGAGCUGGUAUUUGCUGUGAACCUGCCACCUGCUCAGCUGUCCUCCAGCGAUGAAGAAACUAGGGAGGAGCUGGCCCGCAUUGGGCUAGUGCCACCUCCUGAAGAGUUUGCCAAUGGGAUCCUGCUGGCCACCCCACCCCCUGGACCGGGCCCCUUGCCCACCACGGUACCCAGCCCGGCCUCAGGGAAGCCCAGCAGCGAGCUGCCCCCUGCCCCUGAGUCUGCAGCUGACUCUGGAGUAGAGGAGGCUGACACUCGAAGCUCCAGUGACCCCCAUCUGGAGACCACAAGCACCAUUUCCACAGUGUCCAGCAUGUCCACCCUGAGCUCGGAGAGUGGGGAACUCACUGACACCCACACCUCCUUUGCCGAUGGACACACUUUUCUACUCGAGAAGCCACCAGUGCCUCCCAAGCCCAAGCUCAAGUCCCCGCUGGGGAAGGGGCCGGUGACCUUCAGGGACCCGUUGCUGAAGCAAUCCUCGGACAGUGAGCUCAUGGCCCAGCAGCACCAUGCUGCCUCUACUGGGUUGGCUUCUGCUGCUGGGCCUGCCCGCCCUCGCUACCUCUUCCAGAGAAGGUCCAAGCUGUGGGGGGACCCCGUGGAGAGUCGGGGGCUCCCUGGGCCUGAAGAUGACAAACCAACUGUGAUCAGUGAGCUCAGUUCCCGUCUGCAGCAGCUGAACAAAGACACACGCUCCUUGGGGGAGGAACCCGUUGGUGGCCUGGGCAGCCUGCUGGACCCUGCUAAGAAGUCGUCGCCCAUUGCAGCAGCUCGGCUCUUCAGCAGCCUCGGUGAGCUGAGCACCAUCUCAGCGCAACGCAGCCCCGGGGGCCCGGGCGGAGGGGCCUCCUACUCAGUGCGGCCCAGCGGCCGGUACCCCGUGGCGAGACGAGCCCCGAGCCCAGUGAAGCCCGCAUCGCUGGAGCGGGUGGAGGGGCUGGGGGCGGGUGUGGGAGGCGCGGGGCGGCCCUUCGGCCUCACGCCUCCCACCAUCCUCAAGUCGUCCAGCCUCUCCAUCCCGCACGAACCCAAGGAAGUGCGCUUCGUGGUGCGAAGUGUGAGUGCGCGCAGCCGCUCCCCCUCGCCAUCUCCGCUGCCCUCGCCUUCUCCCGGCUCUGGCCCCAGUGCUGGCCCCCGUAGGCCAUUCCAGCAGAAGCCCCUGCAGCUCUGGAGCAAGUUCGAUGUGGGCGACUGGUUGGAGAGCAUCCACUUGGGCGAGCACCGAGACCGCUUCGAGGACCAUGAGAUCGAAGGCGCACACCUGCCUGCGCUCACCAAGGACGACUUCGUGGAGCUGGGCGUCACACGCGUUGGCCACCGCAUGAACAUCGAGCGUGCGCUCAGGCAGCUGGAUGGCAGCUGACGUCCCACUUCCUCUCCCGUUCCUGCUGCGCCCUGCCGGCAGGGCCCCUACCCCUACUCCAGGCCGCAGGCUCGGCUCGCCCCCUUCCACGGCGCCCGGGCCAGGAAUGUUGCAUGAAUCGUCCUGUUUGCUGUUGCUUGGAGACUUGCCCUGUACAUUGCUUAGUGCCCUCCCCUGCCGCUGAACCCCACCCAGCACACAGUAAGGGCGCGGACCAGGGGGGCUGGGUGGAAGGGGGUUAGGGCAGGGUGCUCUGUCCUGACCACCUCCUUCACAGCUCCUGGUGGCCAUUCUCCCAGAGGGGGAACCUAGUCCAGCAUGCGAGGUCAGGACACGCCUUGGUGACUCGGGGGGAGGGGGGAGACAUUGGGGUUCUCGAUGGGGGCCACGGAGCCCCCUGUUUUACAUAUUUUAAUCCACUCUAUAUUUGGAACGAGAAAAGGAACAAAUAUCUCUGUCCGUAACAGUUCCCACCCUCUUCCCCUCUAGUCCUCUCGCUGGUCCCGCCACAGCUGCCCAGUCUUCCAUCUCCGGCCCCUCACUGCCACCCCAUACAGGGCAGGGGACACUCCAGCUGGCCUGGGGUUAGCCAGGGUCCUGGCAGCCCACCCUGGGGACCCCGGCUCAGCCCCCUUUCCCUCGCUGAGCUAUAGUAUGCCCCACCCACCCUUUAGGUGCUGCUCAGGGGGACGGGUGGCAGGCAUUGCCUGCUGGGCACUAGCAGGGCCAGGUGGCCUGGGAGAUUAUUGCCCUGGGGCUGGGCCCCGGUAACCCAACCCCAGCCAUCAUCUUCACAGGGUCUCUCCCAAAGGAGGGGUCUAACCUUCCCACUUCUUGGGCAACUACAGCAGAGAAGCCUCCCUGCCUCGCACCCCAAAGACUCCCCAUUCCUGCCCUGUGUGUGUGCCACAUACGUGUGUGCACGCCUGUGUGCUUGUGAAAAGUGGGUGUGGCUGAGCGCAUGGGUGCCCUGUAUGUGCCUGACUGUGGAGUGGUCCCCAGGGGCUGUUCUGGAUGGGUGGGAGGCUGCGGAAGCUUGCGCAGGGUGCCUGCAUGGGUGUGUGCCUGUGAAAGUGCCCUGUCUUCUCCAAAGAAAGGCUGCUCUCCCGAGUCGUGCUGUUUUCUCAGCCUGCUCUUGAGCCUCACCCAGCUUAAGCAGGAUUUCUUGGUGAAUCCUUUUAACUUCGGGAGGCCUCAAGGGCCCCCUGCAGGCAGUAUCCCCUUUGGGCUUCUAAAGGGAUUGUGGGGACCACUAAAAAAAAAAUCAGGCCACAACAGCCCUUGGAGAGAGGCAAAGACUCCUGAGGGUGCCCUGGCCCCCUUACUGUGACUCCCCACACUCAGCAAUGACCUGUGGGGUGGGGGCCCUGGGGCAUUUUUAAACAUAGGGUUUGGAGUCUGGACUAAGCUCCAUCCACGUCACUCACAAGUUUCUGUUUCUAUUUCUAGCUUUUUUUAAUAAAAAUAAAAAAGACAGAAAACAGAUGUUUUCAUGGCCCAGGGGCUUGGCACGCCGGUCUGUGCUGGCCCACCGGUCCCAUUCCCUAGACAGAGUCACACCCACUAACCCCCUCACCAACAGACCAGGUCACACACAGCAGCGGUCACUGUAACGGACUGCCACAUACACAGUCUCACCUUUACCUGUGGGUUUUUGGUUCUGUUCAAUUUGGGUUUUUAACUUUACAGGGUCAGUUCUGCUUCACCCCUCCUUUUGUAUGGAGUUCCAUCUGGGGGCUUUCACCCCCUGCUCCAGUCCUGAGGCCUCCUGACCCUGACGUUGUGAUACACCCCACAGAGAUCUAUGUUUCUUAUAUUAUUAUUAAUA